GGAAACCUUUGUGCAGACAUCGUGGCGCUUGGUGGCAAGCGCAAGUGGUGCCUGGCAUGGAAAGAAAAAAUUGCAGAGGUGCCUGGUGCAUAUCACUACGCUGGUCAGCUAGACGAGCUUCCUGAUGGACGUGCAGUCCUUCGGGGUGAGUUCCGAUGGCUUGGCCGGGUGCGUGGCACGUUUGACUACAUAAUGGAGCGCAUGGAAGUGGUGCAUUCGAAGGCCGGCCGGACAUGCCCUUCCCGAGCCAGGAGAUCCCGUGAGCACUGGCGACAGCGAUUCCAGCUCUUUGAGAAGUGUCUUGAUGAUCAUGUUAGUGCUCAAGGCUAG